AUGGCACGGUUUAGUGGAGUUAUCUUGCUCCUGGCAAUCGUCCUUUUGGCAUUCUUUGUGGCUGAUGGCCUGGCGCAGAAGAAUCCUAACAGGCAGAAGCAGCAGAGGCAAAAACCAGGAAACCAGGCAAUUGGUCCCCAUAAGAACAAGCGCCCAAAACCCCAGCAAAACCAAAAGCAGAAGCCUAACAAGCAACAGGUGCAGAAUGUCCAGGAACCCAAAGUGUUCACCGUAACGAUUCCUCAGUUGGGAAGGCUCCGAGGACGUAAGCUGAACACCGAUUGGACGGGUAAAAGGAUAAUGCAGUUUUUAGAUAUUCCAUACGGAAAAGCCGAGCGCUUCAAGCCAGCUGAGCCCGCACCAGCCUGGAGAGGCGUCCUUCCUGCCAACCGCCCUCAUGCUGGAUGUCCUUCCAUUCAGGACCUGCUCAUGUUCGCCAAGUUGGAGGAGGAUGGCUUCGAUGUGGAGGAUUGUUUGCGACUUACGGUGAACACUAAAGCGUUGGAGGGCAAAUCCCUUCCAGUAAUGGUGUACAUCCACGGCGACUUCUUCUACGACGGUGAUUCGGUGGAGGCCGCUCCCGGAUAUUUGUUGGAACAGGAUGUGGUUUUGGUGUCCGUGCGCUACCGCCUCGGACCCUUCGGCUUCCUGUCCACGCUGACCGAUGAGAUGCCUGGCAAUGCAGCGGUCACCGACAUUAUCCUGGCACUCAAGUGGAUCCAGAAGCACAUUGCAUCCUUUGGCGGUGAUCCGCAGAGGGUAACGCUUUUUGGUCAAGUUGGUGGAGCGGCGCUGGUCAACGUGCUCACCCUGAGUCCAGCGGUUCCGACCGGACUCUUCCACCGCGUCAUCUAUCAGUCGGGAACGGCCCUUUCCCCCGCCUUCAUCACUGAUGCCCCCCUCGGAUCCACCAAGGCCAUCGGUCGGAUUGCCGGAUGCAAACAGCCCACCAAGGUGGAUCAGCUGAACAAGUGCUUGACCCGCCUGAACGCCACCAUGCUCUUGGCCGCCUUCAGUGUCCACGGCGAGGAUCAGCCCUCGUUGUCCGGCGGAGCAUACGGCGGAGUGCAGCUGGUCAUCGGCGGUCCAUCUGGCAUUCUGCCAGAGCAUCCUGGUCGCCUCCUGGCAGCCGAGAAGUUCCAGGCUUAUCCCACAUUGGGUGGCAGCGUCAAGCACGGCGGCACUUUCAUGUUGAGGGAUAUAUUUGCGGACAUCUUUAACGAGACAGUUUUGGACGAUAAGAUGACUGGACGGCAGUACAUCGAUACCAUUAUCGACCAGGCUAAUGGCGCAGAUCCCUCUGGUUCGUGGAAAGAGUUCUCAAACGAGGAGAUAUUUACCGAUGCCGAUGUCAAGAACGGCAGCUUUAAGCGCUUGACCCCGGGUCUUAUUGAUCUUUGCAGCACGAUUUCGCUGAAGAAUCCCGUAUUGCUGGUCCUGCAGGCCAACGCCAAGAAGCUGCCGAACAGCACCUACCUGUACAGUUUUGACUACGAAGGCGAACAGAAUCGCUACGCAACUGGUGAGGACGAGGCCGCCUUCGUGCCAUUCGACAUGGGUGUCUCUCUUACGGACGACAACCUGUACCUGUUCCCCUGGCCACGAUUCAUGGCGCUCAACUCGAACCGCGAUCUGAAGAUCGCCAGGCGAAUGGUGGCUCUGUGGACGUCCUUUGCAGCAACUGGUAUUCCUAAGGCACCCGGGGUUCCCACUUGGCCAACAAUGACUGACGAAACAGGACCUUACAUGAAGAUCGGUCGCACUGUCAGUUUCGGAGACAACUAUCUGGAUGAGUACCGCAUUGCAGUGGAGGAGGUGAAACAUGGUUACAGUCUGGUCAACGAGGAGUAUUACGAACUGGAAGCCGCUCUUUUGGCUGCCAGCAAAAAGGAAAAGGAGGAGGACGAGGAGGAUGAUCAGGACGAUGCUGAAACCGACAGCGAAAGAGCUUCCAAUGAGGCUCGUGGCCAGAACUUGGUGUUCAUUGCCAGAAAAUCCACUCGCACCCAAAAGCAGUAA